UGUCAGGGGAGCAUGGUAGGGCCGGUCCCACGCUGCCUCGAGGGAGAGAGGCCCCUAGCUGAGGUUCCCCCCACCCCGUGGGAGAGGGAGCAGUCCCGCCCCUCCCCCAGCCGCCGGUCUCUAGUCGUGACUGAUGGUGGAGGAGGUCCCACUGGGAGUCUAGAUGUGACCCGUCCCUGGCCUGGGGUUAGUGGUCUCAGAAGAGGGCCUGGCCCAUCCUCUGCUCACCACCCACCCUGUGCAAGUAUCUGGUACCCCACUUUGAGCCAGUUUAUGAACCCAGAGGCACAGGGAGCUAAUAGGAGCCUAGACGCCUAGGAGGGAAGAGGAUAAGGGAGAGGGGGCUGACUUUAGCCCAUUCAUCCCCAGCAGUGAUGCAAACUGCCUUUCCCAGGAAGUUAGACUGGAAACCCCUGGCUGUGAAGUGGGGGAAGAAUCAGACUCCUCCUCCUCCUCCUCCUGUUCCUCCUGGUCCUCCUCCCCCAGAUUCUUUUCUUGGAGUCGGCAUGGCCACAUGGCUCUGCCUGAGCCCAUCUGGCAGCCCUCCUUGGCAGGGACAGAAGAGGUGAUCUAGAGCUGAAGCCCGGAGGGGAACAGAGACAGGUCUCUCCGUGUCUGCUACUCACCCCAUCCCUCCACUGCUUAGCUUCCUCUGGCAUGGGGAGUUUUGUUUUUCACCCUCCAGAUGGGGAGGAUAUGGGGCCACACCCUGGCCUGUCUCAGGCUUGUGUGGGUGGAAGCUGGAAAAGGAGUUGGGAUAAACUUUGCUGUUGCCCGAGGCCUUGGCCACUUCCUGGCAGGUUGCCAGGGUCCGCUGCAGCCCAGACCAAGGCAGAGCGAUCUCAAUCUCCGGAUGAGCUGGUGGCACUGCUCAGCCUUUGCUCUCACCCAGGCUUCCGGCUGCUGGCAGGCGAGAUGGAGCGGGGCUGCUGGGAGGCUGCUGGAUAGGAGAGGAGUCACAGCUGCAGAAGAGGAGGUUCUCCGGGACACUCGUGGAUGAACUCCGCAAGGAGAGAGCAAGAGUCAGGAUGAUUUAUCCUCUUUUCACUGAGGAGGAAACUGAGGCCCAGAGAAAAGUCAUGAAGUGUGAUGAGACCCUGAGGUCCUUGCAAACUCCAGAGAUUCUGGCAUCUUGCUGUGCUCGCCCCAGCCCACACCGCAGGAUCCAGUCUGAGACCCUUAGCCACCUGGACACCCACUCUAGCUUUUACACCCUCAAGGCUGAGGCCCUGAGGACAUGCCCUGGAUUCAAGGAGUCCCAGACCCCUCAGCUAAUGUGUGCCACCUGGAAUCCCAGAGGGGAAGCCGGUCAGCACCCCACAUUCCCUAGCAGCACAGGCCAUCCCCAAGCCCUACCCUAGGAGAAGCUCGUGGUGGCAAAAAGAUACUGAGCAUUUGAGGCAGGUUACCCAAGCCUGAAUCUCAGUCUGCCUCUUAUCUGUGACCCUGGCGAGCCCCUCACCCUCAGGAAGCCUUCACUUUCCCUAGUGCACGGCGGGCACACAGCUCAGCGUGGGACUGUGAGGAUGGGAAGUGAGGAGUGCAAAGCACCUGGCGCCCUGGAAGAACUCCAUCAACAGUGGCAACUGUCACUUCCCCAGGCCCCCGCACUCCUUCCUUUCUCCUCAGCCUGGCCACACUAGCAUCUUCCUCAACUCCCGGUUUUCAGAUGGAAACUUAUGGGUCAUCUGCUCCACAGGAAACACCAGGCCAACCACACAGUUGGGGAUGAGAUAGCACAACCACGCCCUGCUGUCUGGCGCCCCCCAGCCCGCGCCCCUUCCUAGUACCACCAGCAACCAUCAAUCCUGUCUCCUCUCCUGCAAUCCACCCGCCACGACCAUCACCAUGGCAGCCCUGAUUGCAGAGAACUUCCGCUUCCUGUCACUCUUCUUCAAGAGCAAGGAUGUGAUGAUUUUCAACGGGCUGGUGGCACUGGGCACAGUGGGCAGCCAGGAACUCUUCUCUGUGGUGGCCUUCCACUGCCCCUGCUCGCCGGCCCGGAACUACCUAUAUGGGCUGGCGGCCAUCGGCGUGCCCGCCCUGGUGCUCUUCAUCAUCGGCAUCAUCCUCAACAAUCACACCUGGAACCUCGUGGCCGAGUGCCAGCACCGGAGGACCAAGAACUGCUCAGCCGCCCCCACCUUCCUCCUUCUAAGCUCCAUCUUGGGCCGAGCGGCUGUGGCCCCUGUCACCUGGUCUGUCAUCUCCUUGCUGCGUGGUGAGGCUUAUGUCUGUGCCCUCAGCGAGUUCGUGGACCCCUCCUCACUCACGGCCAGGGAAGAGCACUUCCCAUCAGCCCACGCCACCGAAAUCCUGGCCAGGUUUCCCUGCAAGGAAAACCCUCCCAACCUGACAGACUUCCGGGAAGAGGUCAUCCGCAGGCUCAGGUAUGAGUCCCAGCUCUUUGGGUGGCUGCUCAUUGGCGUGGUGGCCAUCCUGGUGUUCCUGACCAAGUGCCUCAAGCAUUACUGCUCACCACUCAGCUACCGCCAGGAGGCCUACUGGGCACAGUACCGCACCAAUGAGGACCAGCUGUUCCAGCGCACGGCCGAGGUGCACUCUCGGGUGCUCGCUGCCAACAAUGUGCGCCGCUUCUUUGGCUUUGUGGCGCUCAACAAGGAUGACGAGGAGCUGGUGGCCAACUUCCCAGUGGAAGGCACGCAGCCGCGGCCACAGUGGAAUGCCAUCACCGGCGUCUACUUGUACCGUGAGAACCAGGGCCUCCCACUCUACAGCCGGCUGCACAAGUGGGCCCAGGGUCUGGCAGGCAAUGGUGCGGCCCCAGACAACAUGGAGAUGGCCCUGCUCGCCUCCUAAGGAGCUGCUUCCCACCCCCUUUCCAAAUGGCAUGACUUGGUCCCAAACUGAACCCCACUGCUUGCUCACAUCUGUAUCAGAAGAGGAAUUUUUAAAAACUGUAUCUUCUUGGCUGGGGGAAAGGACCACAAGGCAAUCUGGGGGUGCGGAGAGACCCAGCAGACAAUGGAAGCCCCAGCCAGCAGGGCUGGUGACAGUGAAGCUCACCAGCAGGCUCCUUGAUGGUACCGUGUGUAGUUAAUGUGUGUCUAGCUGCAUAGGGACACCCAGCGCGGCAGUGUGGCCCUGGGAAGCAGCCUCCAAUGCAUGCCUCUGGCCUUAUUUUAUAUAUUUAAAUUUUUGAUAAAGCUUUUGUUACUAAAAGGAC